CUUGAACCAGUGCAAACUGAACCAGUACUACUACUUGAACCAGUACUAAUUCAACCAGUGACCAUCUGAACCAGUGGUCAUCUGAACCAGUGCAACUUGAACCAGUGCAAACUGAACCAGUAGUACUUGAACCAGUACUAUUUCAGCCAGUGACCGUGUAAUACAAUUUAACCCUUUUUCGAAGGCCGAUGGUACUGUACUCCGUUGUGUAACCCUUUCAUUACAGGUGUAACUCGUUUAUGUUAGCAUCCUCCCUGCACCAGCUUAAACCACGCAUACUGAAUUAAAACAACAAAUUAUCCUAGGCUUUGCAUUGAAUUAAAACAAGAAAUAACCCUAGGCUUUGUACUGAAUUAAAGCAAAAAAUAACCCUAGGCUUUGUACUGAAUUAAAGCAAAAAAUAAUCCUAGGCUUUGUAUUGAAUUAAAACAAGAAAUAAGCCUAGGCUUUGUACUGAAUUAAAACAAGAAAUAACCCUAGGUUAGUACUUAUUUAAAGUAACUUGUCGGCUUCUUCACCAUAAGAUCUAACUUUAACUGCUAGUCUGUUUGCUAAAAGUACAUAUGUAUUUCUUGGCCUCUCAAGAUUGACAGCUUGGGCAUUUUGCAUUGUUAGCCUAUGAACUGCAAUGUCUUUUCUGAUACCAUUCAUGAAAGACCACAUUGUUGGAUGAGAGCACAUAAAAAGUGACUUGAGCGAAUUAUGAAACCCUUCCGUGCAAUCAUACAUGACAAUGUCUGCAUAAUCAUUAGGUAUCUCAAAGUUUCGAGACUGAGGAGGUGGUUGGAUGUUCUCCUCUUUUUGGCGUGUUCGUCUAAUACGUCGUUCAAUGGCAGAUUUAACUGGCAUUCUUGCCAAGACAUCAUCGUUUAAGGGACCAUCUGAACCUUUUUUCGGGAAGAGUGUGCCAAUUUUUUUAACACACGCGUCUGGCAAUCCUGCCUGCGGCCCCAGGGCGCCGCCCACCAGGCCCAGUAGGGGGUUAGACUUCACUGAGAGUGGGUGCUUUCUCACGUUGCACCUACUCAGUUAACCGUACUUUUUUUUGUAGUUAUAAUACUGUAUAUCUUCAAAUAAUUUUAUGUGAAAUGGCUCUAGAUAUUUCACAGUCCUUGAGAGGUGGAGAAUUGCUAGUGCAUCAUGGUUUUGAGUAUAUUCUUCAGACAAAAGAGCCUUGGAUGGAUGCUGAAAAAAAGUAUUGGAGGUGCAGGAAAUAUAAGACUUUCAAAUGUAAAUCAUCAAUAAUAACGAAGGGCUCAAAUAUUAUAAAAGAACCCUCUGACCACACCCAUUCUGGAGACUCUAUUCAAACUGACGUUCAUGUUGCCCUUGCAAAAAUGAAACAAGAUGCAAAAAACACUCGUGCCACCACAAGGACAAUUCUCGCCGACCAUCUCGUUCCCUUAAACGAUGAUGUCUUGGCAAGAAUGCCAGUUAAAUCUGCCAUUGAACGACGUAUUAGACGAACACGCCAAAAAGAGGAGAACAUCCAACCACCUCCUCAGUCUCGAAACUUUGAGAUACCUAAUGAUUAUGCAGACAUUGUCAUGUAUGAUUCUGGAGUCGAUGAUCCUCAAAGAAUGUUAGCCUUUGGGAGACAUGAUUUGGUAAAUUGCCUUCAGAGUGAGUUAUGGAUUGGGGAUGGAACAUUUGAGACUACCCCAUUGAUUUUCUUUCAGUUGUAUACUAUUCACGCCAAGAUAGGAAACUCCUAUCCCCCUUGUAUAUAUUUUCUCUUGCCAAACAAAACAGCUGAAACAUACACACGUAUGAUUGAAAUUUUAAAAAUGUUGCAUCCAGGUCUCAACCCUUCUACUAUCUUACUUGAUUUUGAGUUGGCGGCAAUAAAUGCUUUCAAAAAUGAGUUUCCUCUAGCAAGAGUAUCUGGAUGUUUCUUUCAUUUAAAUCAGUCUGUGAUAAGAAAGGUAAAUGAAUUGGGAUUGAAGGUCAGGUAUGAAACAGACCGUGAUUUUGCAAUGACUGUCAAGUCUCUUCCAGCACUUGCUUUUGUACCAAUUGAUGAAGUACCUGAGGUCUUUGAAGAGUUGGGAGCUGCUUUUCCAGAUGAGGCUGAAUGCAAUGACCUAAUUGCAUAUUUUGAAUCUACAUACGUACGUGGACCUCGAGUAGGAGGAAGGGCAAGAAACCCAAGAUUUGAACCACAGCUAUGGAAUCAUUACGAGGAUGCCCAAAUAUGUGCACCAAAAACCACUAAUUGCACGGAAGGGUUUCAUAAUUCGCUCAAGUCACUUUUUAUGUGCUCUCAUCCAACAAUGUGGUCUUUCAUGAAUGGUAUCAGAAAAGACAUUGCAGUUCAUAGGCUAACAAUGCAAAAUGCCCAAGCUGUCAAUCUUGAGAGGCCAAGAAAUAGAUAUGUACUUUUAGCAAACAGACUAGCAGUUAAAGUUAGAUCUUAUGGUGAAGAAGCCGACAAGUUACGAUAUUUGAGAGCAAUUGCCCACAUGCAAGUUGUUGGGUAGAAAAUAAGAUUUAGUGCUGUGCAACUAUAUACAGUACUUACCUUGUUACCAUAGAGUAACCAAACGUUAUACUGCAUUUUAUUUAUAUUUCUUCAACUUUAUUUUUCUUCAAGAUCUGAAUAUAAUUAG